CUAAACUCCAAUUCGAAUUUCGAUUGCAGAUGUAAACUUAGAUGAAUAAUCGAAAACCCUAAACCCAGCAAAUCGGAAUUAGAUUCUUCUUUAAGCUCUACUUUUUAAGGAUAAAAUAGAAUUUUUUUUUGAAUUUUUUCGAUAGCCAUGGCUGCUAGAGAAGAGGACGACUCCGAUGUUCCUGAGGAAUUUACUUCUCAGAAGGGAAUACAACAAUAUGAAGAAAUCAACAAGGUUCAGCAACAAAGUAAAGCAAGGGUUCGGCGUGAAGGUAAAGAACGGAGAAAGAAACUAGCCGAAAGGCUAACUCCACGACCAAAGCCAAUGGUUGAAGUAUGUGAUGAUGAUGAUGAAAUGGUUGAAGAUGAAGAGGGAGCUGAUACAAGCAAGCAAUCCCAAAUCAAUAAAGGAAUGCUGCCAAAUGAUAUUGUCAACCUUCUUGCUGCUCGUGAGAAACAAGUUUUCGUAUCAGAUUCUGAGGAUGAUGAGGAGGAGAAAGUAUCAAAGCCGAAGAGGAAGAAGAAGAAGAACAACAACAUAUCAGGGGUGGAAACUGAAAUUCUGAAGUUGCUACCGACUGCACAUUGCGCGCAGAAUGCCUUGGAGUUUUUGACGAAAAGGAAAGCACAAGUUCCUCGUUCUGCUGCGGUCUUGAACAAUUCUAACCAAGCUUUGCGACUCCUCUCUUCUUCUGGUUUACUGAAGUAAAAAAAUUCUUCUUUUCUGGUUAAUUUUCUUUUGAUUCGAAGCCAAAAUGAAGGUUGAACAACUGCUCGUGUUUGUAGUUGUUCUUUUGCACUCGUUUGAUACUAAUAUUGUUCACGCGGCGUUCUCUUCAAGAUAUAGUUUCUAAUUGCUACAAACUUGAAGGAAGUUACCUAGAAAUUUGUGUUAGAUCUUCACUUUUUCCAUGUUAUUAUGUUAAUAUGUGACAAUCUUUCAGUUUUGACAUUACUGCAAUUUGAAAAAUAUUUUUUUUUGAUUGGUGUGAAUUUGGCAGAUUAAUAUAUUGAAAUGGAUGGCAUAAUAAU